UCUGCCAUUGGCCGGGCUCCCGCAGACCUUGAGCCGGCUGGCUCGACGAGGCGUCCUGAGUGGGCGAUCUCCUCGUCCAUCCGUCCGCAGAGCCCGCCUUUUCCCCGGGGCUGGGCUAGGUUGAUGGGAGGCGAGCCUCGAUCGCAACUCUGGACAGCUCCAGCUACCCAAACAGACGACGUAAGAGCAGGAAAGGGCUCGGACAUGGCGAGGCGGCUGCAGCGGCGCUGGCCAGGCUGACGGAGAGGCUGGUGGCUGCCCUCCCUUCUCUCUCUCUCUCUUUCUCUCCCCCACCCCCCCUUCUCUCUCUCUCGGCUCCCCUCCCGCCCCCCACACGCACUCACCACACAAUUCACACACGCACACAACUGAGAGGCCUUAUAUCGACACCCCCCCGUCCAAAAAAAAGAAAGGAAAACCCAACACAGCAGGAGCGGCAGCAGCAGCAGCAUCCAGCAUCUUCCUCUGGCAAAGCGCCGCGGCUGGAGCUUUUGAUCCCCCCCCCACCUCCUCCCCUUCCCCAGAGCCAAGCGACCCCCGGAGCUCCGUCUGCCUGCCUGCCUUCCCCCUCUGCACCCACCCCCGCGAAGCCCCCUGGUGCCGACCACCCCUCUCCAUGGACUGAAUGAAGACUGCGUGCACCUCCUAUCGAUGCCUAACCAAAGAGCUGGACAGCUGCGCCAUGAACCCGGAGAUGACAAUGGAGACGCUGGGCCCCUUGCACGGGCCCUCGAGCCAUGAGCAGGAGCUGAUGGGCAGCCCCAGCCCCCACCACCACCCCAGCAGCCGGAGCGCCGGAUCGCUCCGGGUCCACCCGCCGCCGCCGCCGCCGCCGCCUCCAGGCCCUCCGCCGCCGCCUUCCCACCAGGACUUGGCGUCCGCCUCGUCGCGUUCAGCCAUGGUGACCAGCAUGGCCUCGUUGCUGGACGGCGCGGGGGACUACCGCGCGGAGCUGUAUCCCUUGCACCACGCCAUGAGCAUGCCGUGCGACUCGUCUCCUCCGGGCAUGAGCAUGACCAGCACCUACACCACGCUGACGCCGCUGCAGCCCUUGCCCCCCAUCUCCACCGUGUCGGAUAAGUUCCACCACCCGCACGCGCACCACCACCCGCACCACCACCACCACCACCCGCACCACCACCCGCACGCGCACCACCACCACCACCAGCGCCUGUCGGGCAACGUGAGCGGCAGCUUCACCCUCAUGCGCGACGAGAGGGGCCUCCCGGCCAUGAACAACCUCUACAGCCCUUACAAGGAGAUGCCCGGCAUGGGCCAGAGCUUGUCCCCCUUGGGCGGCAGCCCUCUGGGCAACGGGCUGGGCUCCAUCCACAACACCCAGCAGGGCCUGCAGAGCUACGGCCCCGCGGGCCACGAGAAGAUGCUGAGCCCCAACUUCGACGCGCACACUGCCAUGCUGGCCCGCGGGGAGCAGCACCUGUCGCGGGGCCUGGGGACCCCUCCGGCGCCUAUGAUGUCUCACCUCAACGGGAUGCACCACCCCAGCCACCCCGGAGGCCACCCUCAGUCUCACGGGCCGGUCUUGGCCUCCGGCAGGGAGAGGCCCCCGUCUUCUUCCUCGGGAACCCAGGUCAACAAUUCCGGGCAGCUGGAAGAGAUCAACACCAAAGAAGUGGCGCAGAGAAUCACGGCCGAGCUGAAGCGCUACAGCAUCCCGCAGGCCAUUUUCGCCCAGAGGGUGCUGUGCCGUUCUCAGGGGACCCUUUCAGACCUUCUAAGGAACCCUAAACCUUGGAGUAAACUGAAAUCGGGCAGGGAGACCUUCAGGAGAAUGUGGAAAUGGCUGCAGGAACCCGAGUUCCAGAGGAUGUCAGCCUUAAGACUUGCUGCAUGCAAACGCAAAGAACAAGAACCAAACAAAGAUCGGAACAACUCCCAGAAGAAAUCUCGCCUGGUUUUCACUGAUCUCCAACGCAGAACACUUUUUGCCAUCUUCAAAGAGAACAAACGUCCGUCCAAAGAAAUGCAGAUCACCAUCUCUCAGCAGCUGGGCUUGGAACUUACCACUGUCAGUAACUUCUUCAUGAAUGCCAGGAGGCGGAGCCUCGAGAAAUGGCAGGAUGAUCUGAGCACCGGGGGGCCCUCCUCAACCUCCACCACUUGUACCAAAGCAUGAUCGAAAAUCAGAACCUAAAUUGGGCACAACUCAACUAAUAUAUAUAUGGAAAGGAAUGGAUUCUUACUGGGGCCCUUCACUGGUGAUUUGAAAGCACAAUCCUCUUACAACAGUAAUACUGAUUUACAACACAGGGCAUUUUAAUUUUAUUUAAAUGGUUUUUAGGGAUUUCUUUUUUUAAAAAAAAGUGCAGGUCAAAAAUACAUUAAAAGGCAAGACUAAGCAUGUCUGAAACAUAAGUAGGUCAUGCAUGACCCAAAUUAAUCCAGGGUUAUCAUGGCAGAGCCAACGGAAGCUGAAAAUAUUCAUCAGCUUCGAGGGCCAAGGAAUCGGUCAACAAGACAGCACCAACUUUGCUAAGAUUUGUUCACCAAAGGAAAUCCAAAGACACCGGACCUAUUUUGUUUCCAACAUGCUUAGUUUCUCUACACUACUAUACCAAAGCUCACAAGCAUUGAAACAUACAAGUACUGAGCACAAACUUAAUCUAGACCUAAGAACACGGGGGGUUUAUUUUAGAAACUCAGGCAUUGUUACGUUAAACAUUUUCAGAACUAUCCGACUUGCUUUCUCUUAAGGGGGGGGGAAUGUCAAUGGAGAUAAGGUCUUGGAUCAGUACGAUUCGGUUCCCUUGAACCCAAACUAUCAAGCACAAAGACACCAGAAAACAGGAACAGCUCUGGACUCUUUGCCUGUUCUUACAAGACGUGCUCGGAGUUAGGGGGUGUUAGCGAACACAUUGGUUUCAAGCACACUUUUGCAGGUCUUCACAAUUUCUAUUUGUACAUAGUGCAGACACACACUCAGGAAGCCAGAUUAAGAUGCUACCACAGAUAGAGCAAAUGCAACACUUGAAACGCUCUAGACUUUAUUUUAUAUUAAAAAAAGCAAACCACUAAUCGUGAAUAUGUCCUAAACAGUUAUGAGACAUCCAAUUUCAUCCCUUCACUUAUUUAUUUAAUUAUUAUUAUUUUUGGCCACAUCCAUUCUGUGUUUGAGUUAGUUGGUGUUUCCAGGCAGGAAAAUAAAGCCAAUGUCUUCAUAACGUCACUGACCACUGGAGCACUUACUCCAAGUCUCUUCCAUGGAUAAAAAGCAUCCCACCCACCACUUCAUGUAAGAAUGCAACACACCAAAGAUGCAGGAUAUUGCAAGCCAAAGACCAUUAUAACUUGCCAUUUUCCAACCUCAUUGUCAUCACCAUUGUCCUUGUCAUCAGUGUAGUCAGGUUUUGAAUAUGUUAGAAGUAAACACCAGUCAGUGUACGGCUCUAUUCCAGUUCACUUGUCCAGUGAGCUGAAAGAGACAGUGUUCUCAAGUGAAGCAUCAAAGAUAACUUUUAAUCUCACUAGGGUACAGUGUUCACCUAAGGACACCCACACACAACACACGUCAUCUUUCUCAUCAGAAUUGCUAUGGUCACUCAAUGUGCAUAUUCACCAGUGAAUAGCCCCCCAUUCCUUGGAACACCACUUGAGUGUUCAAAAGCAAGCCAAAUGCUGUAACGAUCCUUUAAAGACACUUGAGACUCUUUUAUGUACUACUUAAUCGAAACCAAAGAAACUUUUUCUGCACCUACUUCUUCUGCAACAAACUGUUCCAUUUAGGGGGGAAAAAAUAAAGAAAUGAAUAAUAAUUUAAAUAAAAAAAUAAAAAAACCAAACCAAGGAAGCACGUCAGGAAACAAACCAAUGCUAACACACUGUGUUUUGACAGACAUCUUGGGACAUUUUUAGGAAGCAGAGUUCAAAGAAAGGGUUGACAAGAAAGGAAACGAAUGGAAAAGCCAAUGGGGAUUGCUGCUUCAUUUUGACAACUCAGUAAUCUUAAAGUUGAAGAUUGUCUUUAAUUUGUGCCUAUGCAGUUUUUUCAAAAGAACAAGGAACAGAGCAACCGAGACCUCAACAGCUACAAUACCAAAGAUGAGGAUUUCUCACGACUUUUAGUUCAGUUCAUUCUCCCCCCCUUGCACAGCUAAUAUGCGUAUAGCACGAUUGAUCUGUGCAAAGGUAAAUUGAUUCUGUUUCUUUUGAGCAACAAAAAACAAACACACAAAAAGGAUGAUAUUUUUCUUUUUAAUAUUGAAAAGUUCUUUUCUUUUCUUUUUCCAAUUUCUGCUCUCACGUGGAAUCUUCCAAAGGAUUCCAUGGGCUCCAAGUAUAAGAUGUUGGGAUACUAAGCUAAUGAAUCUUCUCCAACCCGAUGUUGUGCGUGUGUGGAGUGGAGAAGCAUCUUACUCUUUAAAUGAUAAUUUUGGCUCAGUGGGGUUGCAUAUGUUAUGUGAUUUUUAAAUGAUAACCUAGGAGACAGGGGUCAGAGGACAACUUUUGUGAAUGCAAAUGAAUGGUAUGUGUUCUUGUUUCAUACUUGAGGAAUCUCAAACUGUUGGAAAGGAGCCUGACACAUAUAAUCCAGACAGUGAAUAGUUAGUUCUUUGUUUAACUUCACUACCCCGUGUCCUGCACAUGGCCAUUAAGUCUUGACCACUCAGGUCCAGAUUCUCCCACCAGACCAGUGUUUCUCAAAUCAGAAAAUCAUAGACCUUCUUGACCUUGUAGCUCUUUGGUCCCCACACCACCAAGCAGGCCCAAACAAUCCUAUGCCUAGCUCCUGCUCACACAGUAUACAGCUCUGAUUCAUCCAUGGUAUACAGCUUCUUCCCUCAGAUUCAUAUACAUUCACUCUUCCUGGGAGAACUCCCUCUCUGAACUCAGGACAUGACUCUACCCUUUUCAGUCAUCAAUGUGAGUGGAGUGAUAAUCCUUCCUUUGGAGAACCCAGAAUAUUGAAAGCAUUUUAAGUAAUAACACACCACCACCCUGGUUGAGAAACACUGUUCUUGGUGACUUUUAAAAUAUUGCGGACCCACCAAUGGUAUUCUGUCUCCAUUGAGAGCCUGCGUUCUGUUAAUUCGAGCUAGUAAUGAAAUUUUCAUAACCGCUAUAUGCAAAAUCCACCUCCAGUCACCCCGCUUCAAAGGGGAACCACUCUUAAGGCACCUCCAGCUCCUCUGUGGGGUGUUGAUUUUCUGUUUGGAAAUCAAUAACUUAAGCUGGAUGAGGAGCUGGAGAUGUUGACUUGCAGGUAUCAUCCACACCCAUUAAAAUUGUUGCUAGUAUCGCUAGACUUUGGUAGCAAAACUCCCCCCCCCCCCUUUAACAAUUCUGGACUAAGCUCUCAGCUCAGAUCCAUCACUAUAACAAUAACAGGGUAAUUAUGAUUAACUUCAUUGUAAGAAAGAAUUUGGAACUGUUGCACCAGUAGAACAAACUUGGAUUCUUCCAUGAGAAAGAGUUCAAGAUGAAACGUCUUUUCAAACCCUAACCUGAAGAUAUAAAGGAAAAGCAUCCAAAAUUCAUUCCAAAGUGCUUUGGUGUGAGAGGUGGAUUUUGCUUUUAUCAGAAGGGAGUGUUGGCCCUAAAAGUCUUGGAGCCAAAAACCUAAAUUUCCCCUUCCAAUUGUUUUAAGAAUUUCCAUGGCAGAAACUUGAAAGCCUGGCUUGAGGUCUAACCAUUGCCACGGUGGCUUCUCAAUGGUCACAGAACAUCAACACUGAGUGAGUUUUGCAAAGCCUCUUGUGCAAAUGAAAAGGAUCACGAGGUCCAUGUGAAAGUCCGGGUAUGGUCAGAUGCAGGUAUCGGCAGAUGUGGCCCAUCCCUCCAAAAUAAGAUACACACUUUGCAUCUUGGGCCAUGUUCUAUUCAAGAAUGUUCACUUAUGCAAUGCUGUUGUUUCAUUCUUGCAUUUGAUUUGCUCAUAUGUCUCAGAUGUCUAAUUGGGAUGAACAUGGUACUUCGGCUGAAGAGCAAAAGGUCAUUUCCAACCUCUUCAAAUACUGCUCUCUGUUUUUCCUUUGCUUGCCAGGGAGGGACGGGUGAUUCUGGGGGACUUCCUAGGCAGCACAGUCAGUUCAAGCACUGGCCAAGACUGUCAGGCCUCACUCUUGCCCUACAUGAACUGAGAGUGUGCCCUAUAUUACAGCCGCCCCUUCCCCUGUGGCUGUGUGUACAUUGCAGGGAAACAUUAGCAGCGAUAAGCAAGCUGUCUUUCUCGGAAUGCUUGUCUGCCAUGCUGGCUGCUCUUAGGUAUCCAGGAAGCCCAGGAACCCUAGAGUGACACAGAUUGAAUGCCACUGAUCUAGAAUCCAUUUAUAUUGCCUUUUUUCCAGUUGUUGGUGAAUGUGGGGAACUAUUUUUUUUAAUAUCCAGGUGCUCACACCAUCAGACACACUCUGGACUGCAGAAGAUGUUUCUGGAUCAUUUUUUUAGGGAGCAUGGCCAGCGCUCCAGUCCUGUCAAUUGAGACCAUAGAUCAGGCACCCCCAAACUCGGCCCUCCAGAUGUUUUGGGACUACAGUUCCCAUCAUCCCUGACCACUGCUCUUGUUAGCUACGGAUGAUGGGAGUUGUAGUCCCAAAACAUCUGGAGGGCUGAGUUUGGUUAUGACUGCAUAGAUGCUACAGGGAAAAGGCCACGUUACGCUCAGUCACUUGCAGAGUCUUUGCAUCAGUGUAAACGGCUGCAACAGGAGGGAUUUCCUAAAUUGCAGAAGUCCGCCUUUGUCCAAAGAGUAUUUUGCAUUGGUGUUAUAAACAAUCAAGCAAAGUGGGGGGGAAUUCCCUCCACAUUUACCUGCUCCCCCCCCCCACGCACUGGCAUGACAGUACACACACAUAACUCUGGUAAGGCAGGGAUAACUAAGUGCUCCCCUAUUCCUUGAGCCAGAACAGGGUUUCCCAGGCUUGGCUCUCCAGCUGUUUUUGGACUACAACUCCCAUCAUCCCUAGCUAGCAGGUCAGGGAUGAUGGGAAAUGUAGUCCCAAAACAUCUGGAGACCCAAGUUUGGAAAACUCUGAGCUAGAACCACCCACUGAGACAGUAUUAGAACAAAUCCCGCCAUACUCUGUCAAAGAUGCGGACAAAAUCCAAUUGCAGCCAUACCAUACAGACAAGCAAUGGGCAGAAAGCACUCAGUUAUCUAUUGGAAAGGCUAGACAACAUUAUAAACAUCUCAGUGCUAAGAUUGCUGUCCAAAGAGGCUUGUAAUCUAUGCGAGUCACAAGUCAUGAAAGACUCCAUACUCCAUUUCUGUUAUAUGCAGGCAAAGAAGUCACAGUCAACAACAACAGGAAAUCUACGUUAAAAACAAGAAAUGUGGAAGACACAGAUUUUGCAUGUUAAGGGGAGUGCAAUUCAGUUUUAUCCAAGCACUUAGAGGCACCAGGGCUCAGGAUAAUUGCUGGUAUUGCACUGAGCAACAGCUCAGUACAAACGAUACACUUGAUGCAAGAGCUCUGCAUUUUGACUGACUAUGUUCUUCUUAACUAGGACCUCCCUUUCUACCCAAGCAAAAUCCGCGUGAAAAUAUUUUACAUGGCAAAAGGUUUAGGCUGCAAUCCUACAUUCGCCUACUUGGGAGAAAGUGCCAUUUAACUCAGUGAGACUUACUUUGGAGUGUAUAGAUGUGUAUAGGAUUGCACUGGCAAAGCAAUGUCAGGAAUGGGAAACCUGUGGCCCUGCAGCUAUUGUGAGAAACCCACCACCCUCAUCCAGCAAAACUGAGGCUCCCCAUCCCUGCAGUAAGGCAUACCUACAUUACAAAUUUAUAGUGGGCUUCCCCUAAAAAUCCCAUGAAGGGUAGUUUGGGAAAGUACAGAGAAACUUCCUUUAGAGAUCCUUAGCCCCCUGCUACCUGGGGGAAGUCAGAGAUGUGACUUUUGCUUAUCAUCACACAUUAGGUCUUCCAUUUACUCCAGGUUUGAGAGAGAGAGAGAGAGAGAGAGAGAGAGAGAGAGAGAGAGAGAGAGAUUAAAACUCAGAAUAGUGGAGCAUGCAUGUAUCUCAUUGGGUUUUCCCACAUAGUCUGAAACAUCAAAAGUAUUUAUCAGCAUUGAACUGCAUUCCUGAGGUCAGCACUGGCAUUAUGUGUGUGUGCACAUAUGUACACACACACACACACACACACACACACACACACGGCAAGCCCUGGAAGGCAAAGCUCCAGAGCAGGAAUCCCUAGGGAUAAGGAGAAAGAGUCAUGUGGAGAGCAGAUUCAUUGCACACAAUUAAGGUUGCUAAGGUUGUGCUUUGCUAGGAUUGGAGUGCCCAAGUGUUGAUAAACUAUACCUUAUCCACAAUGAUGUGUUCCCGUGUGUGUGUGUGUGUGUGUGUACCCAUUGCACAUGGAUAUAUACAUAUAUAGACACACACAUUCAGACUUACCUGCGGUCUUACUCUAAAAAGAACUCUGACAGCAUUUCUGGCAUAAUGGUCACAUUGGUGAAAAGGGAUAAUCUCAGACUAUCAAAUCCUGUCAUCUGGUAUAUCUACUCAGGCAUGAGACGCAUAUUCUGUUUUAAUUAUAUGAAUACGAAAGAAAGUGGUUAAUGUUUGACAUGCCAUUUGUAGCUCCACCAACAGCUGCCAACAGUUUAGCCGGUGAUUUCUACUCAACGUAUAACACACAUUCUUCCUUCUCUGAAGUUAUCCAGUGUCUCUGUUCCCAUUACGAACAGCCGCUUAUGUUCCUAACCUCUUGUGGUCUUAUUUUGACUUGUCCCAGCCAUAUUUCCUUUGUUGCAGUUGCACUGUUGGUAAACAUUUAUGUAACUUUGCCACCUGCCAUUCACCAAAUGACAAGGGCAUCUUGGAGACAUGGCAGCCAUUGUUAAGAUUUUUAAUUUUUUUAAUGUCUUGGCUUAAACUUCUGUAUAAAUGCAUUGAGUACUGCUCAUUUUGUGUGUUCUGCUCCACCAAAUAGUAGCGAUAUAGUAUCCCAACAUCUUCCUUACCUUUUAUACUUGGAGUUUUUUUUUCAUGGGCACAUCCAAGAUGAAUUCAACUUUCAAGAAACCUUGGAUAUUGUUUAAUCAUCUGUGGAGGAACAAAGAAUGUGCUUGAUUACUUCGGUUGAAUAGCUUUAUACUGGAUCUCUCUUAACUAAAGCUAAAUCCAAAGACCUACGGAGGACAAAAACCAGCAAAACGUAAAGCUCAGACCGACUUACGGGAAUAGCAACCUCCUUUUUUUUUACCCAAAAAAAAGAGGAGAAGUGGCAAUGACAUAGCUAUGGGGGAACAAAAAUUCUGAUGUUUUUCUUGCUUGUCACCAUAUUUAAGUAUUUUGUGAUUUUUUUUAUAUAGAUUAUGCUUGGCCUACUCUAUAUUUAUUAUGGGAAUUCUUAUUUUUGCUAUUGUUUAAAAGUUACGCCAGUCAUCUUCAAAGCCUUUAUUUCUUUCCUGAUAAUGUUGGGGCUAUAUUGGUGGUUAUCGGUCGUAAGAUUUACUUUGAUGAGAUCAAGGCCUAAGCCGAAAGCCUUAGCUCCACUUAAAUUUUCAUUCCGACCAAAGCUUCUGUUGGUUCCAAUGGAGCCAGGGCGCCAUCUUGGAUUUUCGGAUGCAACUUUAGCUGGAGCUAAAACGGUAGGGUCUCGCUUCUGUUGAUUACCCUUUGUGAUUAUUUUGAUGACGUUGCUGGUUAUUUUGGUCGCAGCCCACUUGGAUGUGCUCCCAAACAUGUCCCACUGAAAUGAACCAAAGUUGUGCAGGAGCAUGGAUGCAUGCUACUGCCGCAGAUUUCAAUGGGUCGUAUGCAAGAGCCUUUUCUGCUGGGCUGGGCCUUUUUGUUAGACUUAAUUUGCUCCCCCCCCCCCCGCUCUUAUUUAUCAAUCCUAGAAUUGUAGUGCAUCCUAGAUGCAAAUCUGAGGUUAGCACAUAAAUUUAAUGGGGAGGGAGGGAGGGAGUAUUAGUAAAGUUCUGUUACAGACAUGGGGGGGGGGGAGACAAGGUACCAAAAAUAUUAAAUUGUCCCCAACCCCUCUCCCUAAACUGGAGCAUGCUUUAUUUCUUAUAAUCAAUCUCAAUGGUUUUAUAAAAUGAUUGACCCUUAAGUUAUUUAAUUUAAUUCCUCCUCACCUCACUCAAAAUAAUGAAACCAAAAAAACCCGUGAGGGAUACCUUUUUAAUUAUUAUUAUUAUGGCACAUAAGAGCCUUCAUAAUAUAACUUAUUUAUUUAACUUAUUCAGCAUCUACUGCAGGUGCCCUUGUAUAGUUUAUAUUUUUAUUUUUUUUAUGAAAUCAACUUAAAGCACUACAACUUAUUUGCUGUCAGAACAACAGAGUGAUGAUUUUUUCUUUUUCCUUUUCUCUUUUUGGACAAGCAAGGAAUAUUUUGUCUAAACCAUGCAUUCAGGAACAACAGGGGAUUUUUUAAAGAAAAAAAAAAA